AUGUGGGCCUUUGUGGUGUUGUUGACCUUAACAGUUGUUCUACCGACAGUGUCGCAGCCGGACUACUCUCUGACGAACUUGGCUCGCCUGGACCUAUCUUCCUUGCCGAACAACACACUGUUCACGCGUUGGCGUCCGAGGUCCCAUUUCACUGCACCACACUCGUGGAUGAACGAUCCGUGUGCGCCGUCUUAUGAUCACUCUUCUGGGCUCUACCAUCUGUUCUACCAGUUCCAUCCUGCACACAUUGCCUGGGGCAACAUCUCUUGGGGCCAUGCUACGUCGCGGGACCUUGUAACCUGGACAGAUGUCAGUGCAUGGGAGGCAAACAGCGCAGUCGCCCUUUCCCCAGGCCCAAAUGGGUCGAUGGAUCACCUUGGAGUGUUCACAGGGUCCGCUCAGUUUGUGAACGUCACGCAAACCGAGACCUGGGCCUUGCCUAUACAAUAUCACGACUCCCGCGCGGAAGACAAGUCCAGCGAACGAACACUGAUGCUCGUCUUCUACACCGCAGUGAAACACCUACCUACAGGAUGGAAUAUCUCUUACGUCAAUGGCACGGAGACGCAAGCCCUCGCGAUCUCGGAUGAUGGAGGGUAUACAUGGUCGAAGUUCGAAGGUUUGGGCAUCAACCCUGUCAUUCCCGGCCCACCUCCUAACCUCGAUAUCACUGGAUUUCGCGACCCCUUCUUUGGACCGUGGCCUGAGAUGGACACAAUACUCAAUGCUGAUGAGCCGCAUUUCUAUUCUGUCUUCGGAUCCGGAAUCAAAAACGUCGGGCCGCGUCUGCAAUUCUACGCUGCACCGGCAUCUAACCUGACUCAUUGGUCAUACCUCGGCCCACUCUUCUCCGUCGCAGGCAACUCAUCAUGGUCCGAGACUUACUCCGGCUCUUACGCAUUCAACUUUGAAGUUGCAGGCGCGUUCUCCCUCCCGGAGCUGACAGAGAACGGAGGCGACGGAGUGACGGCCCACCACUUUGUCAUGAUGGGCACGGAAGGCGGGAACACCACCUUGCACCCACUCGUCCACUGGCCACUCUGGUCUGAAGUUGAUAUCGUGCGCUCAGCGAAUGGCUCCGCGGAAAGCAUCAUACGCUCGUCGGGCGUCAUCGACUGGGGAGAGUCCUAUGCGUGGAACUCCUUCUACGACGAGCUUCACGACCGCCGCAUCGCCUUUGGCUGGAUACCCGAGGACCUCGAUACGUCCGUGCUGCCCCCACAGGGUUGGGCCGGAGCUACCUCCCUCCCCCGUGAGUUGUACGUCCAAGUCUUUCGAGACCUUGCGGACACGAAGGGCGUCCUAUCACAACCUGGGUCUUGGACGGCUAUACAGAACCCAAAAGGUAGUUGGACAAUGACCACCCUUUCCAUGCGUCCCGCUCCAGACGUCGUCGCUGCACUGCGACAGAACGCGACAGUGACUCGUAUAGACGUCGUCGUCGUGUCAGCAAGCGAUGUUACUCGUGGACAGUUCCAUGACCUGAAUGUUACUGGCGACUCUAUCAUCAUCCAUGCGGAGAUCGACAUGUCGGCUGAUACUACGUCGGACGUCAGCUUUGUCCUUCGUCGCAGCCCAGACGGUGAGGAGCAGACACUGAUUACCUAUGAUCCCGCCCGCGAAAUGCUCAAUAUAAACUUGACGUCCUCGACCCUACUCGAGCCAUCGUUCGUCAACACCGCAAACCACGUCGCACCGCUCUUCCUUUUCGAUACAUACAAUGGCUCUCAGGUUGGCACCGUUCGCGAACCGUUGGUGCUCGAUAUCUUCCUCGACAAUUCAGUCAUCGAGGUCUUCGCGAACUCUCGUGUCGCGAUGAUUGGGCGCACAUACCCGGCGAGGAGCGACUCUCUGGGAGUGGGAUACGUUGUCGGCGCGGGCAACGGGUCGGUCACGUUCAAGCAGGUCACAGUUUGGGAAGGGUUGGGGAGAGCUUGGCCAGAAAGGCCGGAUAACACGAGCACGCAGUUGGUCUACGAUACGCCGGAGGAAACUGACAACUACGCGUGGUGGGCAGGUAAUUGAGUACUCUUGCAUGUACACGCAUUGACCCUGGUGUUGGCGAAUUAUGCAGCUUGCUUCCAGGUCUCUGUCUCUGUCUGCCUGAAUGUUGGCCAUUUCCACCCCGGCGACACCACAUCAGCAUACGGUCGACAUUAAAAGGCU